ACUGCCGCCGCGACGCCGAGGUCUGCGAGGUUGGGGGGUGCCAGCCGUGGGGCAUGUGAGAGGCGCGGCUCUGAGCCUCCGGCCAUGGCUGACAAAGUUUCAGAGCCUCCGGAGCGGCCGCGGGAUGUCGGCCACGUCGGCUCCUCUUGCUCCGACUCCUCCUCCGGCUCGGAAACUCUCUCUGAGGAGGGGGAGCCCGGCCGCGGCGGUGAGGUGGCGGCCGCCAGCGGGGCGGAGGCAAGGCGGCGGCGGCCGGGCGAAGACCGGGCGAGCCCCGGCGGGCGAGCGGAGGACGACGCGUCGCUGGAAGAGCGGGAUGAGGAGCUUGAUCAUAUAUUGUCCCCUCCACCUAUGCCUUCUCGAAAAACCAGCAGUCCUGAAGUAUCUUCUAGCCCUGGAAAGUCUUCUAAAUUUAAGAGACAGCUGAGUGAAGAUGGGAGACAGCUCAGAAGAGGUAGCCUUGGAGGAGCAAUGACAGGCAAGUAUCUGCUUCCCACUGCACCUGGGCAGCAGCUGUGGCAAUCUGCAGAAUCCUCUAAUCUUGUUCGCAUGCGUUACCAAGUACUUGGGCAGUCAGCACCUUCACUUACUGCUGGUUUGGAAGGGGCACCUCAGAAGAGUCAUUUCAGCUCGGCACGCCACCGUCAGAGACUGGUGGAAUCAACGACUACCAAAAAAGAUUUUAGCCUUCCAAGAAGAGGAAGUCUUUGUAGAACAAGCAACAGGAAGAGUUUGAUAGGCAAUGGCCAGUCUGCAGCUCGGCCUCAUUCACCGCUCUCAGCUCAUGCAGGAAACAGCCCUCAAGAUAGCCCUAGGAAUUUCUCUCCCAGUGCCUCAGCCCAUUUUUCUUUUGCACGAAGUCAUGGGCACCGAAAUGACAGAACUGAUGGUCGCCGCUGGUCUUUGGCUUCUCUGCCUUCUUCUGGCUAUGGUACAAAUACUCCCAGUUCGACUGUUUCUUCAUCCUGCUCAUCCCAAGAGAAACUACACCAGUUACCAUACCAACCGACACCCGAUGAACUACAUUUUUUGUCUAAGCAUUUCUGUACAACUGAGAGCAUUGCCAGUGAUAACAGAUGCAGGACCACAUCAAUGCGCCCUCGCUCCCGAAGUCUCAGCCCUGGACGUUCCUCUGCUUGCUGUGACAAUGAAAUAAUUAUGAUGAACCAUGUCUACAAAGAAAGAUUCCCAAAGGCCACAGCUCAGAUGGAAGAGAAGCUUCAGGACAUUAUAACAAAUCACUCUCCAGAGAAUGUACUUCCCCUGGCAGAUGGAGUGCUCAGUUUUACUCACCAUCAGAUCACAGAACUGGCUCGAGAUUGCUUGGAUAAAUCCCACCAAGGCCUUAUUACAUCACGAUACUUUGUUGAAUUACAGCAGAAAUUAGACAAAUUGCUACAGGAGGCUCAAGAGCGAUCUGACAGUGAGGAAAUGGCAUUUGUUAAGCAACUUGUCCGAAAAAUCCUCAUAGUUAUUGCUCGUCCUGCUCGCUUACUGGAGUGCCUGGAAUUUGAUCCUGAAGAGUUCUACUAUCUUUUAGAAGCAGCUGAAGGCCAUGCUAAAGAGGGACAAGGCAUUAAAACAGACAUCCCACGAUAUAUUAUUAGCCAGCUGGGCUUAAAUAAAGAUCCUUUGGAAGAAAUAGCUCAGCUAGCUAACUGUGAUAGUGGGACAGCAGAAACUCUGGAAGUGGAUGAAUCAGUAAAUAGCUCGAAUGCAUCACUGAAGCUGAAGAGGAAACCUCGGGAAAGUGAUUUUGAAACAAUUAAACUGAUUAGUAAUGGAGCUUAUGGUGCGGUUUAUUUUGUGAGACACAAAGAAACCAGACAGAGAUUUGCUAUGAAGAAAAUUAAUAAGCAGAAUCUCAUCCUCCGAAACCAGAUCCAGCAAGCCUUUGUGGAGCGUGAUAUCCUGACAUUUGCAGAAAAUCCAUUCGUUGUCAGCAUGUAUUGCUCCUUUGAAACAAGGCGGCAUUUAUGCAUGGUCAUGGAGUACGUUGAAGGUGGAGACUGUGCAACUUUGAUGAAGAAUAUGGGUCCCUUACCUGUAGAUAUGGCAAGGAUGUACUUUGCAGAGACUGUUCUGGCUUUGGAAUACCUUCAUAAUUAUGGAAUUGUCCACAGGGAUUUGAAACCAGACAAUUUGCUGGUGACAUCCAUGGGCCAUAUAAAACUUACGGACUUUGGCCUGUCAAAAGUGGGGCUAAUGAGUUUGACUACCAAUUUGUAUGAGGGUCACAUUGAGAAGGAUGCCAGAGAAUUCCUUGACAAACAAGUCUGUGGCACACCAGAAUACAUAGCCCCUGAAGUGAUACUGAGACAGGGUUAUGGGAAACCAGUGGACUGGUGGGCUAUGGGAAUUAUCCUUUAUGAAUUUCUUGUUGGAUGUGUGCCAUUCUUUGGAGACACACCAGAAGAGCUGUUUGGACAAGUAAUCAGUGACGAAAUCAACUGGCCUGAAAAGGAUGAGGCACCACCUCCAGAUGCCCAGGAUCUAAUUACUUUGCUGCUCAGACAGAAUCCUUUGGAAAGACUGGGAACAGGUGGUGCAUAUGAAGUAAAGCAGCACAAGUUCUUCAGGAGCCUUGACUGGAAUAGUCUGCUGAGGCAGAAAGCAGAAUUUAUUCCGCAGUUGGAAUCUGAAGAUGACACGAGUUAUUUUGACACUCGUUCUGAGAAAUACCACCAUAUGGAAACUGAGGAAGAAGAUGAUACCAAUGAUGAAGAUUUUAGUUUGGAAAUCAGACAAUUUUCCUCAUGCUCACACAGAUUUUCCAAAGUUUUUAGUAGUAUAGAUCGAGUCACUCAAACACAAGGUGAAGAAAAGGAAGAUGCAGGAGACAAAACAAAAAGCAUAACAUUGCCUUCUAUGGAAUCUUUAAGCUGGAGCUCAGAAUUUUCUGAAAUACAACAAGUAUCUACAUCCAUCUCCUCUGACACUGAAUGUAGUAGGCAGCGAUACAGUUCAGGUUUGCUUCCUAAGUUGGCCAUAUCAGCAGAAGGAGAACAAGAUGAUUCCAUAAGCUUAGUGGAACCCCGGCAAGAACAGGAAAAACCUGUGUUUGUGAGUGAGGAAAUAGUGCAAGAUGAACCUGAAGUAACCACUCCAGCAAGUACAAUCAGCAGCUCCACGUUGUCAGUUGGCAGUUUUUCAGAGCACUUAGAUCAAGUAAAUGGGAGAAGUGAGAGUGUGGAUGGCACAGAUAACUCAAAGCCACCCAGUGAAGUUGCAUCACAUGUGGCUCGUCAGCGAUUAGAAAGCACAGAGAAAAAGAAGAUCUCUGGAAAAGUCACAAAGUCCCUUUCUGCAAGUGCUUUGUCUCUCAUGAUCCCGGGAGAUGUGUUUGGUGUUUCUCCUUUGGGAAGUCCUAUGUCUCCGCAUUCCCUAUCAUCUGACCCAUCAUCCUCCCGAGAUUCAUCUCCCAGCCGUGACUCAUCCAUCACUGCUGCAAGUCCUCAUCAACCAAUAGUAAUUCACAGUUCAGGAAAAAAGUAUGGCUUCACCAUCCGGGCCAUCAGGGUUUACGUGGGCGACAGUGAUAUCUACACUGUGGACCAUAUUGUUUGGAACGUGGAAGAAGGAGGUGCAGCUUAUCAAGCAGGUUUAAAAGCUGGAGACCUGAUUACUCAUAUCAACGGAGAGCCAGUACAUGGUCUUGUUCAUACUGAAGUCAUUGAGUUGUUGUUAAAGAGUGGUAACAAAGUCUCAGUAACAACAACCCCUUUUGAGAACACUUCAAUCAAGACAGGACCUGCCAGGCGGAACAGCUACAGGAGCCGAAUGGUCCGGCGCAGUAAGAAAACAAAGAAGAAAGAGAGUUUAGAGAGGAGACGAUCUCUGUUUAAAAAGCUGGCCAAGCAACCUUCUCCUCUUCUUCACACCAGCAGAAGUUUCUCUUGCCUGAACCGAUCACUGUCUUCAGGGGAGAGCUUGCCUGGGUCUCCAACCCACAGCCUGUCUCCUAGAUCACCUACCCCAAGCUACCGCUCUACUCCUGAUUUUCCAUCUGGUACUAACUCUUCCCAGAGUAGCUCCCCUAGUUCAAGUGCUCCCAAUUCUCCAGCUGGUUCAGGACACAUAAGACCCAGCACUCUUCAUGGCUUGGGUCCAAAGCUUGGUGGGCAAAGAUACAGAUCAGGAAGGCGCAAAUCAGCUGGCAGCAUUCCUCUCUCUCCUCUUGCACGGACACCUUCCCCAACACCCCAGCCAACAUCUCCUCAGCGAUCUCCAUCACCAUUGCUAGGAUAUUCAAUUGGAAAUACAAAAAUUGCUCAGUCUUUUCCUAGCAAAAUGCACUCCCCUCCAACUAUUGUAAGGCAUAUUGUUAGGCCAAAGAGUGCAGAGCCUCCAAGAUCUCCACUGCUGAAGAGAGUCCAGUCUGAAGAGAAACUUGCACCCUCUUAUGGCAGCGAUAAGAAACACUUAUGUUCACGAAAACACAGUCUGGAAGUGACUCAGGAGGAAGUGAAUAGAGAAUUACCUCAAAGGGAGCUAAUUCUUCAGAGCUUGGAGGAGAAUGUGUGUGAUGUGCCGUCACUCACACGAGUCAGACCUGCAGAGCAGGGCUGCUUGAAACGACCUAUCUCCCGAAAAUUAGGUAGGCAAGAAUCCAUCGAUGAACUAGAUAGAGAGAAGCUGAAGGUCAAGAUAGUUAUGAAAAAGCAAGAUUUUGCUGAGAAAACAAGUGCUGCUAUACACGAGCCUAACAGUGAACCAGAAAAUCCCAAUACCUUAAGACUGGAAGAAAGAGAUAAAACAGCAUUCCAGAAGGUAUUAGAAAAAUUAAAUCAAUCUGAAACAAAAAGUGUUGCUUUAGAGACCCAGUCAGCUGGUGGCAUACUCAAAGACACCCUUCAAAAGAAUGCAAACUUGAAAUCAAAUGAUGGUGUUGCUUUAGAUGUACAGAUGGUGUGUCAUGGGCUUCCUCCUAGUGAACUCAGUCAUGUUUCUUACGACUUCAAAAGAGUUUCCCCUCCAUAUACUCUGCAAGAUGUGUUACCUCAGUCCUCUGACAGGAUGACAAGUGGAAAGGGAGAAAACACUGACAAAAACGUACCAGCAAAAGAGUUUGCCAAAUUUGAAAGGAUGGAUGGUAAGCUUGCAAAUAUUGAUUAUCUUAGGAAGAAGAUGUCCAUGGAAGAAAAAGAUGACAGUGUCUGUCCAGUGCUAAAACCUAAACUAACGUCAAAUGUUCAUGAAUGCCUUCAGCUUAAUGCAGGCAGACCCUUAAAUGUACAACAGGAGUCCACUCUAGUUGCUGAUGCUAGAGCGUUUAUUGGCAGUGCGCAUGCUGCUCAGGUUAACUCGGUUUCUUUUGUUCCUCUGAAGACCUUGAAUAGCCGAACAGACAUGAGUGUGGAAAAGUCAGCCCUGAUUUCCACUGAGGCUCCUGUCAGAAAAAGCCCAUCAGAAUAUAAACUUGAUGGGAGAUCCAUUUCCUGUUUGAAGCCAAUAGAAGGCACACUAGACAUCGCAUUACUUUCUGGACCACAGGCUCCAAAGACUGAACUUCCUUUGUGUGUGCUGCCAGAAGGACAGAGCACCAGCAGUGAUGGGGGAUCUCCUAAACUCCCAGUACCACAAAGGGGCGGAGGGAAGGCAGAACUGCCCUGUCAGAAAGAACAGUUUUUAAGCUAUUCAAAAUCUGGCAAAGUCAAUGUAUCAGAGACUCAGGUUCUGCAAACAAGCAAGGGUUCUCCAAAUCCACCUGUCAUCUCUGUGGCUGCAGAAGUAGUGAUGGAGAAAAAAGUUUCUAGUCUGGCUACUAAAGGCAGUGUUUCUGUUAUCAAAGAUGGUCAGAAGAAAGACACCUCCCCUUCAAAGCAGAAGGACAACUCAGUGGAUGUGAAGUCUUGUGUUAUUCAGACUGUUAAAACUAGUCAAACACACUCCAAACUUUCUGCUAUCCAAAGCAGUCCUGAAAAACCUUUAGAAAAAGAGAAGCAAAUACAAAAGGAGUUGCCUACCAAACAGCCAGUAACCCAGAGAAGUUGUGAGCCUAUCCCUGCAAAGGUGGAGGUGAUCAGGGAGUCCUCUCUGAAGGUAUCUGCCACAGAUAUCCUGAUAACAAGCUACUCCAAAAGCAAUGAAAAAAAAUGUGCUGAUUUUGCCAUUCCACCUCAGAUGCAAGGCAAAAUGCAGGCAGCUGGCCCCAGAGCACAGCCUAAGGAUGCCAGAGAAUCAGUGAAACAGCUAGGCAAAGACAACACCAGUGUUGCCAGUAGUUUUAUGGAAAGAGAUAUAACCAAGAAGGACCUUCUCAGUGAGUCUAAGAAAGUUACCACAGAAUCAAAGAGCGAAGCUCUUCCACCUAGAAAACCCAUGCAACCAUCAGUAGGCUGUGACACUAAAAAUGAGAAGUCUGCAUUGGUUUCCUCUGUGUGGAAGGACAAUACCAAAGAUUUAGGAAAUAAAGAUCAGAAACAGGUUAUUGACAUAAGGCUUCAGACUACUGGGAGAGAGCAGGUCAGCCAAGUUCCUCAGCAGCAACUUAAUGCUUCAGGUUCCUCUGCUGUGGGACACAUGUCAAGCAAACACUGUGUUGUAGACGCUUAUGUUCAAGAACAUGUGAAGCCUGCUGCCACCUAUGUGGAAAGCAGCAGUAAUAAGCAGAAGCCAGCCUUUGAUACAAGUUCCUCUAACGUUAAGUACGUGGAUAAGCAGACGUUGUCACAAAAGCCAUGCUCUGCAACUUCGAAAGAAAAAGAAACUACUCUUCAGGUGUCUACUAGCUCCCGGAAAGAUGGGAAGCAUGCCAGUAAAAGUGUGCUGGAUCCCAUUUCUUCUGUUUCAGGCUCUUUGAGAAAAACGAGCACUGAGCAUAUGCAGCCCGGAAGGCCUGUGAGUUUAGAGCAGGGCUCAGUAGCCACCCCCCAAAUAAGCAACAUUGCUUCUGACGCCAAACCCAAAUUCUCGGCUGCUGGCCUGGCACCAGCAGGCCUAGAAAGUUCUAAGCAGAUGCAGAGGCAAGAACUGUCAGGUUCGGGGGACUCUGCUGAUCAAAAGCAACUUCACCUCAGUGAAAAACAAAUCACAUCUCCAAAGUUUUCCACUGUGAAAGACUGUCUCUUGCUGAGUAAAGAGGUAGACAAGAAUCCUAGUAGUGAUGUGGUCUCUGCAGACAAGAGACCUGAAGGAAAAAUAUGCACUGACGCACUUUAUAUUCAGCUUGAUAGUGGGAAAGUAGAGCCUACCCUUUGCCUUGCAAACUGCAGUGUCAGAGGAAAGGGAGCAGAAAAGGCAACUGCAAGUAGCAAAAGCUCCCAAGACUCAAAAGGGAAAGGACAAAUUAAUCAAAAACAGUCAGAGGAUGCAAACAAGCAGGUUGCAAUGAAACAUUUAUCAGCUGCCAGUGGGCAGGGCUCUUGUCGUGUGGCUGCAACAGCAACAAAGCCACCGAUUUGUUCAGCCAAUUCCUCUGAAUGUAGACAAGAAGUACCUGUUUUGUCUUCAGCAAGGAGUGAUGCUUCUUCAGCAAAAGUUAAAGCAGGCUCACCUGAGCUUCCCGCAACUGGCAAGGAACUAAAUAAGAAAAAUACCAUUUCUGCAGGGAGCAAUAAGGCAGAAAUGAGUAAAAGCGUUUCUCUGGUGGCCUUGCACAGUGCUGCUGUUGUAGUAGAAGCCCAUCACCCUGCUUCAAGCCUUAGAGGGAAACCUGGAAAUCAAGACAAGUCUUUUUUUGUUAACACUGUAGAAGUAAAGGGAAAAGAUGCUGUUCAGGCUCAGCAGUCUGCUUCAAGAAAACAGAAUGUAAGUAAGGAUUCACCUAGGCCAGCAACCACACCUGACCGCCCUAACGCACUUUCUGAUGACAAAGACUCAUCUCGGCAACGGCGAGGAAAAGAAGCUUCACGGAGCAGUCCUCACAAAAAGUCCUGUUAAGACCUGGCAGGUGUGAGUUCAAGACUAGCUGAAACAAUGUCAAUAUAACACAUUGGACUGCCUUUAAAACCAGCACUGUGUCGUGACUUUGUGCGGCAAAUCUUUCUUGUCACUAAAGAGAAUAGAGGGGAUAUGUAAAGAUACAACUUUUUUUUGUUGUUGUUGUUGUUGUUUUUCAAAAUGCCUUCCCAAUUGUAACCGGUAAAACUGUUACCAUAUAGUAUUUGUACAAAAAAAUACCUUUACAGCUGACAGCUGUUGAAGAAAAGAUUUCCUCUGUAAAUACUCUGUUUGGGGGUUGAAUGUAGCAUAUAUACUUUGCUGCUGAUUGCAUUGUUUACUCUCCCCUUUUCUAAGAUAGUCGCUUUGCCACUUAUUUGCCAUACUCAAAUCUGAAACCAUUAUCAGAACUCAGACCGGGCAUGGGUAUGCACAAGCAUUGGUCUGAACAGAAAACAAAAACAGGCCACAUUUUUGCUUACUAAAAAGUCUAGCUAGAGAUUGAAAAACAAAACUGUAGUACAGAAUAAAUACGGUAAUUUAUUGUGAGUUUUUACAUCUAUUUUUAAUGCAGUUUUUUAGUACUUUACCUGACUGACUGCUUCUGCAGCUCUAACAAGACACAACUGCAUCUCCCUACUGCAUAAAGCCUGUCUGUUAGAGUAGGUAUCAUUAAAGCUAUGGGAGGAUCACUUGGUUAUCAAGGUGUUCCAUCAGAGUCAUGUUUUGUGGUGAAACGGUCGUUUCUCCCUUGUCUUUUGGGAGCAUAUUCUGAGACCUUCACCUCAGACAAAGCUGAAACUAUGAAGCACACACCAUGUGCUUAGUUUUUGCUGCAGUCCUCUCAAGUUCUGUGAGCUUUUUUAAAUUCCAGGCCUUACAGUGUGAGGCACCAAGUAUAAGCACAUGACUUGCAGUACUACUGGUAUGUUCAUCCCUUUUUUGUAAUAGAUUCAGAGAUCUUGUAUUACCGUGGCGCAUAGGUCUGCAUAAUUAGUGUCACAUUGCUCUAGCUUUUAUUCUGUUUCACGGCAAGUAAGGUAAAAAGGGGGAAAAGUAGUUUCAGUAUCAUAUCUUCAAAAAAGUUCAGGACAUCCAAUACCUUCAAUACGUAGCUGGGGCCUUAUGUUGUACUCUUACUUACUUGCUGUUUUUAGCAAGUGAUUCUAAGUUUCACAUUCAUUUCUAAAUGCAUUGAGUAGCUCCGUACAUUUCAUAACUCAAUCCUUUUAUUUGUAUGCAAAAAAAAAAAGGGGAAAAAAAGUACUGUAAUUAUAAAAGAAGCAUUUUGUAACAAAGGAAGCUGUUGGAGCUAUUUGGUGCUAGAAUGUGACUGUCUUUUUACUUUUGCUAAGCCUUAUUUAAGUUUUAUACAUGUGGGACAUACAGACGGUUAUUCUAGCAUUGAGGUAUUUAAUUGUGAAGGAUGGAAGUUAAAAUUUAAAGCAUACACAGAAGCACUACAAAAAUACCCUGCUGGAGUGUGGGGGUUUUGAUGAUUAGGAUCAAUAAAAUGUCAGUUUUGCUUUUUUCUGUUACAUGUGCCCAUAGUAGAGCUAGGCCCCUGCCUGUUUUAUCAGGGCUUAUGGAUUGUCUUUCUGUCUCAAAGUCACAAAAGCACAGUGUAAUCUCGACUUGGAGGUUUGUAUGAAAACCGACAGUGUGUGGAAUUAAUUUUCCUCUGGUGAGAACUCUGUUAGUACACCAGUUAGUUGAGUUGGAUUACAGCAAACCUACCAUGUAAAGGUGAUACUACAAACAAAUCCUUCUAUUUUUUCAUGUGACACUACAGCAUUCGUUCUGCCUUUGCAUUCACAGAGGAGCUAGUGAGCAGUGGAGAAUAUUUCUUGAGCAGUGCAAAAGAUAAAAUGGUCUCAACAUUUACAGUUCACCUGUGCUUGGCAAUUACUACAAAUAAACGCUAAUGCACUUUGAAAUAACAUUUCUAUCUGGGAGAUAUUUCCUAGUUUACAGUCUCCUGCAUUUUUUCAGCUGCCCGCUUGUUUCCUUUAAAGCACAUACAGCUAUUUGUUUACAGUAUACCUUAUGUAUAUUUUGUAUAGUUCCUUAUCACUUCUGGCAAAUAAGUUCUUUGCAUUUUGGAAGCGUAACAGUGCUUAAGCUUGUGUUUAUGUAGUUCCUGUUUGCUGGUGUUUACCUUAUCUGUAAUCUUAGCAGUGAUCUGUUAGAGAUCCUGCUGCCUGUGUUCUACUUGUUCUGUGUGACUGUAGCUCUGAUGUGUUCUUUUGUAGUCUUUCUGCUGUAGAUUCCUCAGCUGACAAGAAAAAAAAGGAAAGGAGGAAAAAAAAUUUGUUAGGGUCUGUGCAAUAAAGUGUUUGCAGUCUUAUUUUCUCUAAGAAACUCCUUAUGGAUGUCAUAAUUGUUGUAUAUUGAACAUGAUUAUUUAUACUUAUGCAGUUGAGUAACAUUGAAAUAAAAAUUCAGCAUGAAA